AUGGACACGACAUCCGCGCCUCUACGAUUCAACACAUCUGGUAAUCUCGCCGUCAUGGGCAAGUCUCCUCCAAUGACCCUCACAGUACUCGGGUGCGGGACUCUGGGCAUAGCAAUACUAUCAGGAAUCCUGUCAUCGAUAUCACAUCACCCGUCAACAGCUCCAUCUCCAGCAUACCCAGACUCAGGUACUGCCACUCCCACUGGCGACGGCCCAUCCACACCAUCUCGAACCCCGACUCGCUUCAUCGGCUGCGUGCGACGGCCUGAGUCCGCAAAGCGCGUCAGGAAUGCAGUUUCAGGCUUCUCAGCAGCAGCCGGCAACGUUACAGUCCUGCAGAACGAGAACGUGAAGGGUGUUGAGCAAGCAGAUGUCGUGAUCCUCGGAUGUAAGCCAUACAUGGUAUCCGACAUCCUUUCAGAGCCUGGCAUGAGGAAAGCGCUGGAGGGCAAACUGCUCAUCUCGAUUCUUGCCGGCGUUACAGGACAGCAGAUUGAGGAGAUACUUGCGCGCGAGCCGCAAAGCAAUCCCACCAGAGUCAUCCGUGCGAUGCCAAAUACUGCUGCUGUCAUCAGAGAGUCUAUGACUGUGCUCGCCACACCAUCACCACCGCUGGCUCCAGAGCAGUCACAAUUGGUCGAGUGGAUCUUCACUCGCAUCGGUCGGGUCGUUCACCUUCCGCCAUCGAACAUGGACGUCUCCACUGCGCUAUGUGGCUCCGGACCAGCGUUUCUCGCCCUCAUGCUCGAAGCACUGGCAGACGGUGCUGUGGCUAUGGGUCUUCCGCGCGCAGAAGCGCAGCUCAUGGCUGCACAGACUAUGCGUGGAACAGCUGGCAUGGUUCAAGCCGGAGAGCACCCUGCAUUGAUUCGAGAGAAGGUCAGCACGCCGGGCGGGUGUACGAUUGGUGGCCUGCUUGUGCUGGAGGAAGGUCGCCUUAGAGGGACGAUCUCAAGGGGUGUGCGCGAGGCUGCUGUGGUUGCGUCGGAGCUUGGCAAAGGUGGCGUUGGCGUCAACGGAACACGAUUCAAUGGAAGGUGA